AAGCAGAUCUUAGGCAGCAAUAAGUCUAGCACACUUCUUAGCUUAGGACUUCUUAGCUCUAUUUUAGCGGAUUUGGGCAGGUACUUGGAAGCGGAAUCAAUGCACAGGCAGACGCUGGCGACCAGUGAAAAGGUGCUUGGUGUCGACUAUCUGGACAGCCAAGGUAAGUACUUGGAGGCGGAAUCGAUGCACAGGCAGACGUUGGCGACGCGUGAGAGGGUGCUUAGUGUUGACCAUCCUUCCACGCUGGCGACCAUAAACAACUUGGCAGGAGUGCUGGACAGCCAAGGCAAGUACUUGGAGGCGGAAUCGAUGCACAGGCAGACGCUGGCGACCAGUGAGAAGGUGCUUGGUGUUGACUAUCCGGACACGCUGACGAGCGUGUACUGCCUCGCUCAUCUUCUUGCAAGUCGCCAUCGCUAUGAUGAAUCUACUGCGCUUUACAAAAGAGCAUGCGCUGGCUACAAUACCACUCUCGGGGAGGACCAUCCAACUACCCAUGCAUGUCACGAGCACUAUGCGCAGGUGCUUGUGGCUCAACCACAAGACUCGCCUAAAAUUACUCCAGACAUUACACCUAAUAGCGCAAGCAGACAAAGCGCGAAUAGAUCAUAA